GUAUGCCAGGAACACAUUAAUUCAUUAAAUCCUCACAACUUUGUGAGGCAGGCACAAAUAUUGUCUGUUUACUAGUGAGGAAUUAUCUACGGUUUACUGGUAAGGAAACUGAGACCCACAGGUUGUGACUUGCUCGAGGUCAAGCUGGUGGAGCCAAGACAAGGUGCAGGCAGUGAGUCCUGCCCUAGAGUCUGACCUGAACCACAUCUAACCUCUAUGUGGUGUGUGGGUUAUUGCCAUGAGUAAGAAUCAGAACGUUAAGGCGCACUCCAGGAAGGCAGGGACACCAUUUAGGGUUACCGCUGUACUUUAGGGGUCAGAGCAGGGCAGGCUGGAUGCACUGAGGAAACUCAUCCAGUUAGGUCAGAAGCCUGGCAAGACAAGGGAAUUCUCUGGUCCUUGUCCACCUCUCCAACCUCACAUCCUACUAAUCUUCCAAGAGGAUUCUAACUACACAUGGCUCCCGAGUUUCCGGCUUCUCUUCUCAGGGAGGGUCUGCGGCCCGUCUGCACCGCCUUCUCCCCGCAAUCCCGUUUUCCUGUCCAUGCUUGGACGGAUCCGGCCGAGCCGUCAGCGGCAGCUGCGCGCUGCUUCCCCGACUCGCACCCCCUCGGCGAAGCGCUGCAUUUUAUGUAAUUUUCUACCGGGCUGCUGGCCUCUGGGGGCUGCGGCUGGGUCUCGGCGGCCUUCACCGCCGCAGGCGCUCCGGCAACGCCGGUAUCCGACGCCCCCGCCCCAGGAGCGCGGGUCCGGGCGGCGUUCCCCUCUGCGAGAGGCGCGGCGAGCCAACCCUCACUUCAAAGCUGUACGCGUCCUCGAAGCGAGGGGUCUAUCGUGGGGGGCAAAACGCGCUAGCCCCAGACGACCGGUUCGUGAAAUCACCCUUCCGAGCGACCCGGAGCGGGCGACCCUGCCGAACCCGCGGCUCCGGGCCCUUGCGGUGCUGCGUAGAAGACCCAGGUCCCGCGGGGGGCGGCGGUGA